AUGAUGGCCAAGGGAUCGUCUUCCUUCAAUGCUGAAGAGGAUGCUCAGAAACUCCGAAAGGCUAUGAAGGGCUUGGGCACAGAUGAAGAUGCCAUUAUUGAAAUUGUGACCAACAGAAAUUUGUUCCAACGACAGCAAAUUGUAACAGCCUACAAAUCCACCAUUGGCCGGGAUCUGAUCGGUGACUUGAAGUCUGAAUUGAGUGGAAAUUUGGAGAGGGCCAUUGUCGCAAUGAUGACCCCCAGCACGCUGUACGAUGUGCAGGAACUGAAGAACGCUAUGAAGGGGGCUGGAACCAACGAAGGCUGCCUGAUAGAAAUUUUGGCUUCUCGUACAAAUCAGGAAAUCCAACGGAUUAAUGAAACCUACAAACACCAGUAUGGGUGCACACUUGAGAAGGACCUCGUCUCUGACACAUCUUCAAAGCUUCGGAGAGUUCUGGUAUCUUUGGCAACUGGCAACAGAGAUGAGAGCCAGUAUGUUGAUGAGAGCCUUGCCCAACAAGAUGCCGAGUGCCUUUAUGAAGCCGGGGAGAACAGAUGGGGGACAGAUGAGGACAAUUUCAUUGCUAUCCUCUGUAGCAGAAAUAGAAAUCAGCUUAAAAAAGUAUUUGAUGACUACCAGAAACGUUAUAAGAAGGACAUUGCAGAGAGCAUUAAAUCCGAGAUGUCAGGGGACCUUGAAUGUGCUUUAUUAGCAAUAGUAAACUGCAUAAGAAAUAAGAAAGCCUACUUUGCUGAAAGGCUGUACAAUUCCAUGAAGGGUUUGGGGACUGAUGAUAAUACACUCAUUCGAAUCAUGGUGUCCCGCUCUGAAAUUGACCUGAUAGAUAUUAAGGCAGAGUUCAAACGGAAGUAUGGAAAAUCCCUCUACUCCUUCAUUAAGGGAGACACCUCAGGAGACUACAGAAAAGUUCUGCUCCAUCUGUGUGGUGGCGAAGACUAAGAAAUAAAUGGUUCACGUCCUCUGCUGUUGGCACUACCUACAGCUGACCUUUAAGCGGUCUCAGCCUCUUGCAAUAAUGCUUUUAUUUCUUGGAGAAUGCUUUGAUGUACAUAGGGUGUCAGUUUUGCAUUAUGGUAAACUGAGAUUCUGUCUGCAAGAAGAUCUGUUCAAGUAGCCUUUGAAAGAUUAUCCCCUCCU